CCCCACGCGCCUCCAAUUCGCAGCCGUGGACACGAGAAUAACCGUCAACCUGGAGUCCACGUGUCAGAAACGACGGAAAUGUGAGGCCGACGGGAAGGAGGCGAAGGUGGAGCUGACGGCGCAACGCAAUAUGUUCCCUAGCGCUCAAAUUAAAAUGAGAUUGCUGUCGCCAAGCAGUUCGCCGGCCACCUCGCCCACGAUGUCGAAUUCCUCGUCGCCAACACCACCGACGCCGGCGGCCCCGGCUUACAACCAGAAGAUGACCGGUAUUCCUUGCGUAGCGGCCGCUUCGAGGUACACCGCACCGGUUCACAUCGACGUCGGCGGCACGAUAUACACAUCCUCCCUCGAGACUUUAACGAAGUACCCGGAAUCCAGGCUAGCGAAAUUGUUCAACGGCAGCAUCCCCAUCGUUCUGGACUCGCUAAAACAGCACUACUUCAUCGACAGAGACGGCGGCAUGUUCCGGCACAUACUGAAUUUUAUGCGAAACUCCCGGCUGCUGAUACCCGACAACUUUGCCGACCUAGAUUUGCUGCUAGAGGAAGCACGAUACUUCGAUAUUGCGCCCAUGUGCAGGCAAUUGGAGCAGAUGAAAAAGGAGCGCAUAAAGAACGGCUCGACGACGAUGACCGCGGCCUCGCCGAGUCCACCGCCCUCCGGUCAGCUCGGCGGCCGCGGCACCGCCUGCACCACCGCGCCCUGCAACCGCGACCCCGACAAGAUGCGCGGCAACGACGGCAACUGCGGCUACGAGUGCGUGGCGUUGCACGUGAGCCCGGACCUGGGCGAGCGGGUGAUGCUGUCGGGCGGACGUGCGCUACUGGACGAGGUGUUCCCGGAAACGACGCAAGCGGUGAUCGACGCGCGUUCCGGCGUCGCCUGGCACCAGCAGGACGCCCGCCACGUCAUCCGGUUCCCGCUCAACGGCUACUGCAAGCUAAACUCCGUUCAGGCUAUUACCAGACUGCUGAACGCCGGCUUCCGGGUAGUCGCGAGCAACGGCGGCGGCGUCGAGGGCCAGCAGUUCUCGGAGUACCUGUUCAUCAGGCAAGCCGUCAACACUUGACGGAGCACGGCGCAUCAGCGCAAAACGAUCUCCAAGACGAUCCGCUGCCUGCAGCGCGGCCACGACUUGGAGUGAGCGCG